AACCUCUUAAGCAACUACUAAGCCUCCAUUCAAUCCACAAGCUAUGGACAAUGUCUUCAAAAACGUCAGUGUUGUGCUUCGAGAGGAAUGCGAUAUGAAUAUGAUCCGCUUUCUUAGGGAUAAAGAAAUGGAGCACGCAAAGUCCAAGGGAAAAGAGAAAGUCAUCUAUGCAAAUAAGAGAAAAGAUAAUUCAUGUCCGGGAAUUGGACAUCUUCGAGAUAAAAACAUCGGUAUUGUGAUCCGGGAGGGGCGAGACCUUGAAAUGGCGCAGGCAAAGUCCAAGGAAAAAGAGAAAUUAAUCUCUGCAAGUAAGGGAAAAGAAAAUGCAUUUCCAAUGGGAACUAAUGGUAGCACGAUAUCAAAAGCUUCCUUGGCCCAACGUAAAAGGCGAGAACGCGAAAGAAGUGAUAAAAAUCGCCCUUCAUAUCAAUCGGGCCAACGCUUGCGACGAGAGAGGGAUAGAGCGCUAUCGUGCAUCCAACCGAUAAAAGCCACCUACUUCCCUUCUCUGACACCUACCCGUCGAGACAUCACGGAGCAUGAAGCACUUACAGUCCAACAACCCUAUAAGCGACAGAUGGUUAGUCGUCUUUCAUGUUCGAUCUCUGCGCAGAGCACAUCUUGGGCUACACAAAAUGAAAGAUCUACCCCUAACAAUCAACUCCAUGAAGAACAAACGACGGCUAUGGAAUUAGAGAUUGAUGCUAGAGCCCACGUAAACUCAUACCCUUUGAAUCUCACGCACGAAGAUAAUCUAUGUAGUGAAGAAGAAGAAGAUAUGACUUUGGAAUUAGAGGUUGAUGCUAGAGCCCGCGUAAAUUCAUGUCGGCAUUUUCUUGGCAAGAUGGAUGCAUUAUGUCGCUUUUGUAAAGCUUUACAUUGGGUGGACGAAAAAUUGGUAAAAUCGUCUAAAAAAAAUCCCUUAUUCGGAACUUGCUGCUUGCAAGGAAAGGUUAAGCUACCUUUGCUUAUGACACCUCCUCCACCAAUUCAAGCAUUGUAUGAUGGGAAUGAUGUUCGGUCUAAAUCGUUUCGGGAUAAAACUCGAGUUUACAAUGCAGCCAAUGCUUUCACGAGUCUUGGAGCCACAUUAGAUACAAGAGUUUUAAGUGGAAGGGGUCCAACAUCAUUCACUAUUCAUGGAGAAUUGCGACAUCGUACAGGAUCACUAAUGCCACUACCGAACCAAGAAGCAUCCUAUGCUCAACUUUACAUUUAUGACCCUAAUUCAGCUCUUGAUAUUCGCAACCGUAGAAAUCCUAAAUUGAGAAGGGAUGUCCUUGGAACUAUUCAAGAUUGUUUGUUGCAAGUUAAUCCAUUUGUUGGUAAAUUUCGCCAGGCUCAUGCGAUUUUAAAUCAACUAGCGGAGAGAGAACAAACUUUACCUGCUCAUCUCCAUUAUAGUCCGUCAACAGAUCGUCGACGAUAUAAUUUACCAACUGCAGAUGAGAUUGCUGUCAUUAUACCAGGAGAUGGGACUAAAACAAGUGGGUUAAGAGACAUUGUUUUACAUCUAAGGGGAAACAAUGGGCUUAUGCGGAUAAAUGAAUGCCACCCAGCAUACUUGCCGUUGCAUUAUGUUCUGUUAUUUCCACAAGGUGAGCUUGGAUGGGACCCUGAUUUCAAGCAAUGGAAUGUUAGUAAUGAUGAGGCUUCAACUGAUCGACUCACCCAAUUGCAGUUUUACAGCCAUCGUUUGUUUGAGCGUCGUAUCGAGUAUUCAACUAUUUUGAGAGGAGGCAAACUAUUCCAAGAAUUCUUGGUAGAUGCUUGGGCCUCAACAGAACAAAAUCGAUUGACAUUCUAUAAGAUGAAUCAAGGAAAACUUCGUGUUGAGCUUUAUGAAGAUUUGAAAGAUAUUGGUCCAGAUGAAUUGGGACCCAAUCAAAUUGGUAAAAGGGUCGUUUUGCCAUCUUCAUUUACUAGUGGUCCAAGACAUAUGUUCGAAAUUUUUCAAGACUCAAUGGCUAUCACACGAUAUAACCACCACCCUGAUAUCUUUCUCACAAUGACUGCAAAUCCCAGUUGGCCAAAAAUUAUCGCAGCUUUGUUACCACAUCAGAAAUCUAUUGACCGCCCGGAUUUAAUUGCCCGUGUUUUCGAGUUGAAAAGGAAGGCAUUGAUGAAGGAGAUAGAAACAAACAAAGUGUUUGGUAAGAAAGUUGCACAUGUUUUUACUAUUGAAUACCAAAAGCGGGGGCUACCACACAUGCACGAACUAACAUUUCUUGGAGGUCCUGAUAAAAUUCGAACAUGUGCUAAGGUAGACAAAUUAGUGUGCGCCGAAUUCCCAGAUCCAAUAGAUGAUCCAGCACUUUUUGAAACUGUCCUGCGUUGUAUGGUACAUGGACCAUGUGGAGCACGAAAUCCUCAAGCACCAUGUAUGGAAAACGGGAUAUGCACUAAAAGAUACCCACGAGACUUUGCGGAAGAAACUACCAUGGACCAAGAUGGUUAUCCCAUUUAUCGUCGUCGCAAUACUGGAAAAGUCUAUAUUGUGAGGGGCCACCCAGUCGAUAAUAGGGAUAUUGUUCCCUACAAUCCACAUCUCUCAAGGAUGUUCAACUGUCACAUUAAUGUGGAAGUUUGUGCGGGAUUACGAUGUGUAAAAUAUAUCCACAAGUAUAUUUACAAGGGUUAUGAUUGCACAACGAUGGUGUUGGGAGGGGACAAUGAGAUUCAACAAUAUCUUGAUGCAAGGUAUAUUGGACCUCCUGAAGCAGCUUGCCGAAUAUUUGGUCAUCGUCUUCAUGAAGAGGUGCCAGCAGUUGUUCGAUUAGAAGUUCAUUUACCCGGAAUGCACAGUUGUAUUUUCAAUCCAUCCGAAAGCUUGGAAACAAUCAGAGCUAGAGGUGCUCAUCAAAAGUCAACCCUCACGGCCUUCUUUUCAUGGUACGCUUCUAACAAAGAUGCACCCAAAUACACUUAUCAAGAGUUUCCACAACAUUUUACGUGGAACAAGACAAGUAAGAUCUGGACACCGAGAGUAUCUGGGUUUGCAAUUGGCCGAAUGUACUUUGCGAGUCCUAACUGUGGGGAGAGAUUUUAUUUGCGUUUGCUACUAACUGUUGUCAAAGGACCAACAUCCUUUGAAUGCUUACGCACGGUUGAAAAUGUGGUGCACCAUACAUUUAAAUCAGCCUGUGUUGCGAGAGGGCUAUUGGAGGACGAUGAUGAAUGGGUACAAUGUUUACAGGAAGCUGCUGUUAUGAAAACUGGAUACCAAUUGAGGAGAUUAUUCAGUAUAAUUCUCACGCAGUGCUCUCCGAUACACCCAUAUGCUUUAUGGAAACAUUUCUCAAUUCAUAUAUGUGAUGAUCUCGCACACAAAAUUCAUACAUUGUUUGCCAUAUCUAACCCAUCAGAGGCUCAGAUUGAGGACUAUGGUCUAUAUCUUUUAAAUCAUUUACUACAAGAAUCUAGCAAGACCUUGCUUGACUUCCCUCCCAUGCCGCAACCAAAUGAAAAUUGGAGUGCAAUAGUUGGGAACAGAUUGAUUCUUGAACAUCGACAACUUCAGAUUGAGGCGCAACAAGCAGAUGCACCAUUUAAUGUUCAUUGUCUGAAUAGUGGACAAAGCAUUGCGUACGAUGCCAUCACUUCUUCAGUAUUUGAAAACAAAGGGACUAUGUUCUUUUUGAAUGGGGGUGCUGGAACAGGAAAAACUUAUUUGUACAACACAAUUGCUGAAAAAUGUCGAACUCUCGGCCAUAUUGUUGUCUCUGUGGCCUCAUCUGGAAUUGCAUCAUUGCUAUUGACAGGAGGUCGUACUGCACAUUCGACCUUUUGCAUCCCAUUAGAUGUGAUGGAAGAUUCAUUUUGUGGGUUUAAAAAGCAAUCCAUACAAGCAGAGCUGUUUAGAGAGACAAAACUCAUAAUCUGGGAUGAAGUUCCUAUGCAACAUAGAUAUUGUGUUGAAGCUGUUGAUCGGACACUUCGAGACAUUUGCGACAAUGAUAAGCCAUUUGGGGGAAUCACUAUUGUUCUUGGUGGAGACUUUCGACAAAUCUUACCAGUUGUUACUAGAGGAAGUCGUGAGCAAAUUGUGAAUGCAUCAUUGAGACGAUCUACGUUGUGGAAGGAGAUUGUUGUCUUGACAUUGGAUGUAAAUAUGCGUUUAGAUCAAGCCGAUUUUGGAAAUGCUAAUUUUGCGACAUUUUUGACUGAGGUCGGAACCAUCCCACAAGAAACCGUAAAACUUCCAUCAACAAUACGCAAAUGUCGGGAUCUCAAUGAAUUAUUGUCUACAGUUUAUCCACAGCUGGAUGUCGUAGAUGCAUCAACUCCCACAUUUUUAACUGAGCGUACUAUUCUUUCUGCGAGGAAUGAGGAUGUCAAUGCAAUCAAUGCUGUUGCAUUGAAUAUCUUUCCAGGUGAUGCUAUUAGUUAUUUAGCGGCAGAUAAAAUGUCUGAAGAUGAAGAAGUUGAUCGUACCAUUGCAAAUCGAUAUCCGAAUGAGUACUUGAACUCAUUAGAUCCAACUGGGCUACCACCGUUUAAGGUAGAGGUGAAAGUAGGUUGUCCUAUAAUUUUAUUAAGAAACAUUGCACCGAAAGACGGCCUUUGUAACGGCACAAGGAUGAUGGUUGUUAGAUGUGCCCCGCGCAUAAUUGAAGUCCUAAUAUUAACAGGAGGACAUUUUGGCAAAUUUGCAUUCCCCCUCAUCUUCAGAUUUACCUUUUCGAAUGACAAGACGUCAAUUUCCAAUUAGAUUGGCAUAUGCACUGACCAUUAAUAAAUCCCAAGGACAAUCAGUAAAAUUUGUUGGGGUUGAUUUGCGUACACCCGUAUUUAGUCAUGGACAGUUAUAUGUGGCGCUAUCAAGAUGCACCUCUUUUGAUCGUGUCAGCGUUCUUCUCCCUAAUAAUGAGCUUGAUGAUUCCACAACAAACAUUGUUUAUCCUGAAGUGUUAUUGUCGUGAUGUGUAAUCAAAACAACCAGUAGCCAAUAUUUAAAGGAUUGGGAUGAAAAGGCUAUGGAUCUCAAAAAGGAACAAUAUGACAUCAACAAUACUGCAAUGGAAACGUAAUAAG